UCAACCAUGCAAGCCUCAGGAGCAUCCUCCCGCGCCUUCAAGGCUAUUGCUGCUGGCAGCAAGCAGACCCGUGGCCUUCAUAUGACCGGCCCGGCAACCUUCUCAUCUCUUCUGACUUCAGAGCGACCCGCAAUGAAUCUUCCUCGCGAUCUUGCAGGGCUUCGCACUGAAUGCUCAAAGCGCAAGCUACCUACGUCUGGUUCCAAGGACGAGCUCGUAUCUCGCCUAUCGGCCCACGAACUCGCCAACACUCGCUCCUUUAGCAGUGCCGUUCAGAACUCAAAGCGAAUCGUCCCUGCCGUCAGUGAGACUGGAAAAUCUGUCCGUCACUUCAACACCAGCCGCAGCCACAAGGCUGUAGGUGAUUCUUCUACGAUCGAUUUUGCCUUCAUCCCCGACUUCGAUCCCGACACGCAGAGCGCUCCGGUCGAGAUCCGGGUCCCCAUCCUCCCGCAGACCACCAUCCCAUUCGAAGCUGUCACGGAAGAAGCCGAGGAAGCGGUAAUGCUGCCUUCUAUCUACACCGUGGCCGCGGACGGCACCCACAUCCACGCUCCCUCGGCAAUGUCCGAGAUGGUUGACUCCAACCAGACGGACUUCCAGGGACUCGCAUCCGACGUUGCGAGUAAACUCUCGAAGGAUGUCGAAGAGAGCGCUGGUAUGGCCCGCCAGCUUUGGUCUGGCUUUGUCGACGAUGUCUUUGGUCCCAAAGCUCCUGCCAAAGCCUAGAAUAACUGUUUCAUUAUUAUGUGCAAUUGGUCGGUGGUCGGCGCACUACCCGGUUCAAAACGGACACAUCAGGUUUUUUAAAGGUAACGAGCAACUGCAUACGGUCUUUGUAAUUCAUCCUUCAUUCGCUUCUUCCGAUGGGCUCUUGUAUGGGCGGCGAGCUUGAAGUGCUCAAGUUCACGAGUCAUGAAUAUAUUCAUCAUUAUCAACUAUUUCCAUCAUUCAUCCCUGAGUCAAUACUGUCCUGGCUCGGAUCAUCCGCUAUUUUGCUAAUGUUGAUCGACAUUUCCCACAUCGAUUGUGCCAAAUAAGCUGUGAAUCUGGCAGACGACUCAAAGUUCGUCUUCGUCCGCCUCUCGUUGUUUUUCUCCAUCCAUCCACUGGGACAAUUUUAUUUUCCGACCGGAUAUACGAUUUUGCCAUGUUCGAGAAUUGACGUUUCUGGUGCGACUUAUCAACCCUGCACGACGAAUUAGGAAAUUCCCGAAGCCUUCCGCAUCCAGCGCCGAUACGUUUGUUAUCAAUCGUCUGGUGGCGGCUAUUAAAUACUCGCACCUACAAAUAUAUUGAUUUUUGUAAUUUUGGACUAAACUUGGGAUAGGGCUGGGCGGAAUUUUAGAUGAGGCUGUUUC